AUGACAAUGCAAAUAAAGAUGCAACAAAACAAAACUAACUCCUACAAUGAAGUUUCAACGGAACGUCCCCGGAUUGAGCGGGAGCGGGAGCGACGGGGCCGACAAUCCACGGGGCCCGCCGAUGACCGCCACCUCUACCUCUAUGGCCACCGCAAGGCCCGGAUCACCGUCGCCGUCCAAGAAAACCCCAGGAGCGUCCCCGUCCUUAUCCUCGAGCUCGGUAUCCCUACCGCUACGUUUAUGCAGGACAUGGGCUCCGGGCUGUUGAGAAUAGCCCUGGAGUGUGAGAAGAAGCCUGAUAAGAGCAAGCUCAUAGAUGAACCGUUAUGGACCGCCUUUGCUAACGGGAAAAAGAUUGGAUACGCGAGCAAGAGGGAAGCUAGUAGUAUCGACCUCAAAAUCAUGCAAAUGCUUCAUGCAGUUUCAAUGGGCGCCGGAGUACUCCCUGCCGAUAUGACGGACCCGAAUGACGGUGAGCUCACCUACAUGCGGGCCCACUUUGAUAGGGUGAUCAACAGUAAAGAUUCAGAGACAUUCUACAUGCUCAAUCCGGAUGGUAAUAGUGGACCAGAACUCAGCAUGUUUUUCAUCAGGAUAUAGUACAGAGAUAUUUGCCCACACAAAUAAAACAGAGUGCUUGUAACGUUCAUCUUCGUAAGACAAAGGAGGAGAGAGUAAGGUUGUUAUGAUCAUUACAUCUAGAGGCCGAGGCCGACGGUUCGUCGGAGACCAGCAGUGUAUUGCUUCUCCAAGUCCAUCUCGAACUUCCGCAUCUUCUCGGCAUCCAUCUCAUCGGGUUUGCGCUCUUGAACAACUUCGCCUUUCAUA